CACUGAGUCUUCAGAAGCUCCAGGCGAGAAGCGUCUUGCAUGCAAGUAACGCGGUGCACAAUCUUACAUUUUGGUAAUUUGGCGGGAGUAGUUUUGCAACAUGUCUCGCAUCGUGUCUCUCGGUACCUUCAUUAUGCUGUGCUCUCUGAUGUGUGCUAUGAACUGCAAAGAAGACCACUGUCGUCAACUGGAGUUCAGAGCUGCCCUUGCAUUUAGAGGAAAACGGCUGCUUAACCACAAGAUAAAAGAAGUUGACAACGUCGCAAAGGACUUCUGUGGAGCAUUGUGUUUUAUGGAACCCAAUUGUGUGAGCUAUAAUAUAUUAGUAUCCAAUGAUUCUCCCUCGAUCACCAAAUGCGAGAUGAAUAACGCUACACAUUUUGAACAUCUGAGUGAUCUGGUCUCAUUUCCAAACAGCACCUAUCGUGGAUCCAAGAACGUUUGCAUAAAGAAGCAAUGCCCGAAUAAUGCCAUCUGCCAAGCUGGUUUUUCCAGUGAGGGGUAUAGAUGUGUCUGCGUACCGGGUUACACGGGUGAAGAUUGCACAAAAGACGUUGAUGAAUGUGAUCUAGGAGAACACAAAUGUGAUUCAAAUGCUGAAUGUAUAAAUACCCGUGGAUCCUACGACUGCAAAUGUAAAGAAGGAUUUACAGGAGAUGGCCUAACGUGCACAGAAAUAAAGGAAAAAUGUUUAGAAGCUCAUGUAAUCUUUUGA